UAAUAUUUUUAAAUUGUUAAAGAUGGUAAUAGAAAGCCCGUACAAUUAGACUUUUUAAAAAUUUGGGAGAAGAAGUAUUUAUAUCUUUUCUCUGACUCUUAUUAAGCAAAAUUUGUAGUACUAAUUUUAUACAUCUUGCAAAUAUUACAGAUUCUGGAAAGCUUUGUAUCUUGUCCCCCAUUUAUCGAACUUACAACUCCAAACAUUCACAUUUCACUCCAAACCUCCACAAUUCUUCUAGAUCAGGUUUCUUCUUAAACCCAUCAAUUGAAUUUGAUCACACUUGUCGACCAUGUUUCUUUACUUCUGUUUAGUUCGCUAAAAAUAAAUUACUGUAGAUGAAGAAGCUCAAAAGCUUUUACAAAUAUCCACCAUUAACGGAGCGUAAAUGGAUCUUUCCACUUGUUAUUGGCUCAGUUGUUACCCUCUUCAUCUUGUUUCUCACAACCUUAAUUUCACCAAGUGGUGGCAUUCCUCUACUCUCCCUUUACCGUCACUACACAACGCCUUGGUCCGCCUCCGCCUCCGCUGCCAUUUUUGUGGAAUCAAAGCUUCAUACAUUACCCAUUUCCGCCAUCCCUGCCUCUCCACGUUUCGCCUAUCUCAUCUCCGGCUCUGCAGGUGACGGAUGCAUGCUGAAGCGGACCCUUCAAGCUCUUUACCAUCCCAAUAACCAAUAUGUUGUGCAUCUUGAUGCUGAGUCAUCUCCUGAGGAGCGGCUUGAUUUGCAUAAAUUUGUUGUGAAUGCCCCAAUUUUUAGGAAAUUCAAGAAUGUAUUGAUGAUUAGUAAAGCUAAUCUUGUGACUUAUCGUGGGCCAACUAUGGUAGCUAAUACACUUCAUGCUGCUGCUAUACUGUUGAAACAAGAUGUGGGAUGGGAUUGGUUUAUUAACCUUAGUGCUUCUGAUUACCCACUUGUUACGCAAGAUGAUCUUAUUCAUGCAUUUUCGCGUUUACCACGGGAUCUUAACUUCAUUGAUCACACUAGUGAUAUUGGGUGGAAAGAGUUUCAAAGGGCAAAGCCGAUCACCAUUGAUUUGGGGUUGUACAUGACUAAGAAAUCUGAUGUUUUCUGGAUUACACAGAGAAGGAGUGUGCCAACUGCUUUCAAGCUUUUUACAGGGUCUGCUUGGAUGGCCCUUUCUCGACCCUUCAUUGACUUCUGCAUAUGGGGAUGGGAAAACGUGCCUCGAACUGUACUUAUGUACUAUGCAAACUUCAUCUCAACUCCAGAAGGCUAUUUCCACACUGUUGUCUGUAAUGCUCAGGAGUUCCGCAAUACCACAGUAAACAGUGAUCUACACUUUAUAUUGUGGGAUAACCCUCCAAAGCAACAUCCUCAUUACCUUACACUUGAUGACAUGGAAAAGAUGGUUGACAGUAAUGCACCAUUUGCAAGAAAGUUCCAUCAAGAUGAUCCAGUGCUCGACAAGAUUGACAAUGAACUUCUGUUUCGAGGUCAAGGCAUGUUUGUCCCUGGUGGCUGGUGCACAGGGAGCCGGGAGAAUGGAUCAAAUCCAUGCUCCAUAGUGGGUAAUAUCACUGUCCUUAGACCUACUGCAGGCGCAAAGAGAUUGGAAAAUUUGAUAGGCUCUCUCUUGUCAAAUGACAGUUUUCAACCCAGGCAGUGCAUAUAAUGAAAACAAGUGGUUUUCCUUGUGAGACUUCAUAUAAGGAAAGCAGGUGAUGUUAUGAGUUAAUGGUUUUCUUUCGUGAGAGUGAGACUUCCUUGAGUAUACCAUACCAUUUGCUUCGAGAUUCAGAGUCACUAGUUAUACUGCAGGAGGACGUGCAAAUGUAGAGUAUUGCUCCAGAAAAGCAAGGGCACGUGAAUUUGGUGGUUUCUUGCUCUACCAACGUUCACCUAUUUCCUCUAGGAUUGCAAGGGAUUUGGAAUUCCCUUAUGCCGAAAUUUUUUCUUACUAGAAUGGCGAAUUUUUGUAGUGUGAGCCCUCAUGGAGAGAAGUAUUGCAGGUUUGUUACCCCUUUUUGUUGUAAACAAUGUUAAAUAGGAUCUGACUUUAUGCAAAUAAUCUGAUCUUGGAAUUCUUUCUUC